UUGUGUUUUCCAUCUCUAGGGUAUAUCUAAGUAGGCUAUAGAAUGAAAUCAGGACAUCUCUGAAAAAUGUAGUUACACUGAGAAUUCUCUAAAGAUAUUAACAAACACAGGAGCAAAUCACAAAGAUGAAUUAAACAGAAGAUGAUUUCAGAUUGUCUAGAAAAGCCUCUCAUUGCCACCGGUAUCCAUUAAGGAUAUAUUAGCCAGAGACUAUAGUCUGGUACCACGGUCCAUUAGAAGAACAGUUCAGAUUGUCUAGAAACGCCUCUCAUUGCCACCGGUAUCCAUUAAGGAUAUAUUAGGCAGAGACUAUAGUCUGGUACCACGCUCCAUUAGAAGAACAGCAAGCUUCCCAGUGGUUUGCUACAGUCAAAAAGUCUCUCUACCAGGCUGUCUCUAGCAAGAAUCUCUAGCAUACACCACGGAAAAGGAAAGUUUCUUCAUAUAGAUCUCAGAUUAACAUGUCAGACCUGGAGAAUGCCAUGAUCACCAUCAUCCAAGUUUUCCAUAAAUACUCCGGCCACAAAUGCAAACUCAAGAAAUAUGAGCUCAAAAAUCUUAUUAAUAAUGAGCUGAGUUACUUCAUUACAAAAAUUAAAGAAGAUGUAAUUCUAGACGAGCUCUUUGCUGACCUCGACCAGAAUCGAGACCUGGAGAUCGACUUCCACGAGUUCAUUGCCAUGAUUGCAAUGGUCACAACAUCCUGUCACGAUCUAUUUGCUUCAAAGCACCACACACAUUAGUGGCAUAAUGUGAGCAAUAAACUGGAACAGGAUGACUUCAGAUUC